UUUUGCUCUUCAAAUGUCGGCAAGUCUAUUAUGAAUAGAAUCUGCAAUACAUAGUUAUAGCAUUCUUACGGUAACUGCUGAGUUAUGCAAUUUUAUUGUACCUUAAACUCCAGAAGUAGGGUUACAUAAUGCAUAACACUGUUCCAACCAUCAGCAGUAAGUACACGUAAUGCCAAACGUAAGACUUGUCUUUCACACAUGCUGUAUUGAAAACCUUCGGGUGAUAAAAGAAAGUAGACAAAAUGUGUUUACGCACCAGAACGUGCUUUACGAGCGUUCUAAGCCUUUUGAAGGUAUGCCGUAGGAGCUCACGUGACAUAAUGGAAAGAAGUUUUGAAAUGCAUUUUCCAAACUAUGACUAUAAAAACUGGCAAUAAUAACGAUAUGGCAUCAGUCACAGUUAUUCCUUCAUUCCAAUCGAAUAUACAGUUUUCGAAUUAAGGGUUUGAGUAAUUAUUCAAAUGAAGGUUUUCACUGGUCUGCUCAUUGCAGCCAUCGCGGCUUCAGCAUCCGCUGUAUAUUAUCCACCUUCGGUGCCCGUAGAUGUUGAGGAAUCACAUUUCGCCUACCAACUGAAGAGUUUCCGACAAGAAUUGGAUGAAUGUGCGGAAUACCUUCAGGUCUCGCCAGGAUCCGUUGAAAACCUCGUCGCUUAUAACUAUGUAACGGACGACCCCAGCUUGAAAUGUUUGAUUCGGUGUGCUGGCAUCAACGCUGGAUGGUGGAGUGUAGGAGGGAACAACUCCGGACUGCACGGACCUGUCAUCGAAAGUUAUUUUGCUCCAGCUUGUGAUGAUACUUGUUAUGUGAAGCGUACUCAGGAUUGUGUCAGUGCCAAUGUAGUCCCAUGCCAAGACGAUUGCUCGCAAGCUUAUCAGGCAUUCUUGUGCUACUACCAUCAAUACGGUAACCUCAAGAGCUCCGAAGAAUAUAUUCCGCUGCCACAGCUGGAUGCAGUUCAAGCUGCUGUUGAUUGUAUGCUUAUUUUACGCACACCAAAGGAAUUGCUUGAACAAUAUGCUCAGGGAGUGUUCCCUGAAGUUCCUGAAACUCAGUGUCUGUACAGAUGCCAGUAUCUGGCUGAGGGUCUUUACGAUGGAGUUGCCUUCAACUCGACUCGUAUUUACAUCCGUGAAUACGCUGUUCCAUCUCCCCAGAUUAAGGACCCAGCAACACAAGCCUGUGUGGACAAUGGCCUCGGCGCUCCCAAUUGCAACGAAUGUGCUCGAUUCUGGGCUGGAAAGGUCUGCUAUGAUCCUUAUGGUGUACCAAAGCAUUCGGCAGGAUACUUCCAGGUAGCCGCCGGACUUGUUCUUGCACAGAGAACAUGCCUCGACGAAGACUUGAACCCCCGAUACAAUGCCGGCGGUCCAUCACCACCAGCUCCUCCUCCACCAGCACCAGCUCCGACGCCAGCCCCAGCACCAGCCCCCACUCCAGGUUGCAUGUACAACUGUGGUGUUUAAAUUGGAUCUUCAUAGGCAUCAUAUUAUUCGUGAUUCCAUUUUAUAAUGAGAGAAAUAAAAAUAAACAUUUUUGAUUGAGCAUAACUUUUACGGCUUUUCAUUCGUGUGACAAAAGUAUAUUCAAAUUGAAUCUACAUUUAUUUCGUAUCAAAAGCGUACGAGUCAUAUUUGUGCGUUAGAGCACGGGCUGUUUUGACACUUCUAAGAAUGCUGCUGAAAAAGUCACACUGUUUGCAAGCGGAUCGUACUCAGAGAAGAUUUGCUUGUUUUGCCUGUGCCUAUUAGCGCCGCUACUAUAGUCGUUUGUGUUGCAGACGGGAGAGGUAGGACAGAUAUAGGAUAAAUUCAC